GGCGCUGUGCUUCUCGAUAAGGGACCUCAUGUUUUACGUGAUUGGUGGAAUUACUGUUUCCAUCAUAGCGUUUUUCUUCACCAUCAAGUUCCUGUGUGAGCUUGCGGCAAGGAUUGUUAGCUUCCUGCAGAAUGAGGAUCCAGGACGAAGAGGGGACCGCAGCAUCUACGACUAUGUCCGAGGCAACUACCUGGACCCACGUUCCUGCAAGGUGUCAUGGGACUGGAAAGAACCGCAGGAAGUGGGGCAAACGAUGACCUUUAGAGUUCAGCUUUUCUACAAGAAUGGUCAACCUUUCCCAGCCCAUCGGCCUGUGGGUUUGAGGGUCAACAUCACCCACAUUGAACUGGCCCUGGACAUCCCUGUCACACAAGAGGUUCUGCAAGAACCGGAGUCCAACGUUGUCAAAGUUGCCUUUACAGUACGCAAAGCUGGACGCUAUGAGGUUGCUGUCAAGCUGGGCGGCCUCAAUGUGGCUUACAGUCCUUAUUACAAGAUAUUUCAGCCAGGUACCGUUGUUCCAUCCAAAACAAAGAUAGCCUACCAUUUUUCCACCCUGGUCCUAACAAAUGGCCAGCAGCACACGCUGCAAAUUGAACCCAGGGACGAGUACGGAAACCCCACCAGUAACUCCACUUCUCUCACAGAUGAAGCCAACUACAGCGUGCAUGUGCACUCUCUAGGCACUGUGGAUGAUGACAGUCUUGAGGGUUUCUACAGUAAGUCCGUUUCGCUCAACAAGCAGCAGUGCCAGGUUCUGCUGAGACUGACUCUGAGGAAGACGGGCUGCUUCAGGGCUCGCAUCUCCUACAAGGAUCAGCCGCUUAGCAACGGGGAAUUCGACAUAAUUGUUCUCAGUGAGAAUGAAAAAACUUGUGUGGAGAAGAACGUGUCCACUCCAGGCAUAAGCAUCUACUUCGAGGCAUACCUUUACAGCAGCGGGAACUACAGCAGUUCAUCGUGGCAGUUACCAGCGUCCUCUCUGUUGACUCCUCAGAGGAGGCCUUCCAUGGGGGAGGAAGACGAGGAGCAUGACUCUCCUGUGGAGGGGCAACCAGAGAAGGUGAAGAAACCAAAAAAGGUCUACUGUUACAUAUCGCCAAAGCAACUAUCUGUUAAGGAGUUCUACCUGAAAAUUAUUCCAUGGCGCCUUUUUACAUUUCGGGUUUGUCCGGGAACGAAGUUUACCUACUAUGGUCCAGACCCAGUUCAUAGGUACUUAACUCUUGUGGUGGAUGAUGGGAUACAACCUCCUGUGGAGCUCAGCUGCAAAGACAGAAACAUCAUGGCGGCCACCUUCAUUCGCUUCCUGCACAAAAACAUAGGUGGCUCUGAAACUUUUCAAGAUAAAGUGAACUUCUUUCAACGUGAACUCAGGCACAUUCACUCUAAGAAACCUCGUACCAAAACCUGCCUAAAAAUCUCCCGGCAUGCCAUUCUGGAUUCAUCAUUAAAGGCCACCAGGAACUUCUCAGUGUCAGACUGGAGUAAGAACUUUGAGGUUGUGUUUCAGGAUGAAGAAGCUCUUGACUGGGGUGGACCUCGCAGGGAGUGGUUUGAGUUAAUCUGUAAGACUCUAUUUGACACGUCCAACCAGUUGUUCACUCGCUUCAGUGACAAUAACCAGGGCCUUGUUCACCCAAAUCCUGACCGACCGCCUCACUUGCGCUUGAAGAUGUAUGAGUUUGCAGGUCGCAUCGUGGGAAAGUGUUUGUACGAGUCUGCUCUGGGUGGAGCCUACAAGCAGCUGGUCCGAGCUCGCUUUACCCGCUCCUUCUUAGCUCAGCUCAUUGGUCUUAGGAUGAACUACAAGUACUUUGAGACGGAUGACCAGGAGUUCUACAAAACUAAAGUCUGCUUCAUCCUAAACAAUGACGUGAGCGAGAUGGACCUGGUCUUUGCUGAGGAGAAGUACAACAAGUCAGGACAGCUGGAGAAGGUGGUGGAGGUAACUGCAGGGGGAGCUCAGAUUGCUGUUACCAAUGACAAUAAGGUGCAUUAUCUCAACCUACUGGCACAGUACAGACUGGCCAGCCAGGUGCGGGAUGAGGUGGAACAUUUCCUGAAAGGAUUGAACGAACUGGUUCCAGAAAACCUGCUGGCCAUAUUCGAUGAGAACGAGUUGGAGUUGCUGAUGUGCGGCACUGGCGAUAUAAAUGUGCAGGACUUCAAAGCCCAUGCUGUGAUUGUCGGAGGUUCCUGGCAUUUCAGAGAGAAAGUGAUGAAGUGGUUCUGGGCAGUGGUGUCCAGUUUCACCCAGGAAGAGCUGGCACGUCUGCUGCAGUUUACCACUGGCUCCUCUCAGCUUCCGCCUGGAGGAUUCAACACUCUUUGUCCCUCUUUUCAGAUCAUUGCCGCCCCCACACACAGCACUUUGCCCACUGCACACACGUGUUUUAACCAGCUGUGCCUCCCUACGUACGACUCCUACGAGGAGCUGCACAAGAUGCUAAAGCUGGCCAUCAGCGAGGGCAGCGAGGGCUUCGGCAUGCUUUGACUCCUCCAUCACUGUGGUUCCACACGCACACGUGAAGACCAGCACUGCUCCACUGCCCUGGUUUCCUGCUCUCAUCACCAUGGAACGACCCCAACACCCUGGCUCUCACUGUAUAUUCUCCUUUUGGAGGAGAGAAGCGUUCAGGAAGUCCCAGAAGACUGGAAUUUAUUCAUAUGAACCCUAAUGCUACUGUAUAUAAGUAUAAUCUCAUUUUUGUUAAAGAACAACAACAAAAAAACAAAAAGGCAGCACCGGAGGUAGUUUUAUUUCUGAACGCAAAGUUUCUUCAGCUUCAUAAGUUCAAGAAACGAGUAAGGCUUGAACAGAGGCCUUAGAGUGGCAUUAACACGGCUGCAAACAGAGGAAUGAUAAAAGUGCAACAGCCUCCGUGUGAUGUGGGUGACACAUGCAUCUGCAGCACUUUGGCCUUAAUCGAUCAGGGACUGUGUGCAUGUAAAUAUAUGAUCUCGUUCUUUUAACUCGACACAUGUACAAACUGAUGUGUAUACAUAAGUUUUCCUCUUUUUGUUGUGACGUUUAAAAAGGGAUUGAUUUAAUUGCUGCACGUUUGCGAGGUUAAGUAUUAAUGUUUCUGAGUU